AUGAACCCUCUUUUCCGACCUUUCAGUAAGAAGAAUCGAGUUCCCUCCUACACUGAUCGUAUCCUCUACAUGGCACACAACGAUUUUGCCCUCGAUCACAACGUUCAACUGGAUUCCAUGGGUCGUAGGGCGCCACAGAAGAAGCGCAAGCAUCCCGUUCGUGGCGGCCCAACAGAACAGGAUCCGACCGCCCUCAAUCAGAGUUUGUUGGCCGAGCAUCCAGACCUGCGGCUGUUGGUCUAUGAUUGCCUACCGCAGUAUCUCCUCUCGGAUCACAAACCCGUGUACGCACGCUUUGAGGCCCUGGUGCCUAAUUCAUGGUUCGCGCUGCCUAUUCGUUUCCUGCCCUCUAUCAAGGACGGUAAGUUCCCCUCCGGUGCCAUAGAUGUUUGCAUUUCCGCAAACUGUCUCGAACUUUAG